AUGAGAGGUUCACCGCUCUGUCUCUUCAGUCUCCUACUUCUACUUCUUGCCCUAUCUGCAACUGGAUGGCGACAUCAUCCAGACGCCGACUACUACUAUGACUACUACCCAAUCGGAAAGGCGAGACGCGGUCGUUCAUUUGAUUUAGACGCUUAUGGGACACAAGGCAGAUAUUAUGAUUUCGACCAAGCAUCGGAUGAUGAAAGCAUUCAAAGCCACAUGGACUAUUUACGCAGUUUAGGAGGCGGGGAAGUAGAUGGAGACAUAGCACGCGAAUUAGCAAGACAAAGAAUUCGUCGUCGCCGUCGAUACUACUGA